UUAUCUGAGCUUGGAAUCAACAUUGAAAUGCCGUCCUUCUUAAAAGGUCAAAAGCAGCAUUCAACCGAAGAAGCAAAUAGUUCCCGACUUAUAACGAAGAUCCGAUGGGUAGUUGAGUCAGUGAAUGCACGAAUCAAAACAUGGAAAUACCUUGGAAAACAGCUCCCGAAUUCUCAAAUUCCAUGUAUUGGAGACUACGUCAGAAUAGUCAGCGCCAUUUGUAAUAAAUAUAGAUGUCCUAUUAGCACUGGGAACGAAGAGAGUGAUCUAAACAUGGCUGCAAAAAUUCGACAUUUGCUAGCAAAAAGCAAUCUCUUGCAAAAGGAAAUUGAAUCCCAUGGACUGGAUAAAAAGUCUCACAGAUGGGUGAAGUUAGAUGAAGCAACAACAGAUCUAGAUGACUUCCCUAGGUUCACCGAAGACGAAGUUCGAGAACUAACCCUUGGAGUAUACCAAGUGAAACUGGCAAAGCAUUACUCUCAAGAACACACUAACCUAGAUGGGACAUAUGAAAUCUGGAUUGACAAACAACUACCGGGCCUUCUGGUUGCGAAACUUCAGAACAGGCACAUAUCAAGCAGCAAAUAUAAAUGCUGGAUAUGAUAUUCAGAUGGUGCAGUAACAUCGUGGUACUGUCGAUGCAGGUCAGGUGCAAGAGUAGUAGGGGCCUGCGCCCAUAUAACAAGUGUCAUCUGGUAUUUGGCUUUUGCAAGACACGAACACGUGAGUUUACAAAUGAGCAAAAACUGGUUGGACUCUGUCGAAGAUGCAGCUCACAUCCCAGAGGCCAUUGAUGAGAGUGACAGUGAGACAGAGGUC